AUGGUGGCGGAGGAGAGUCUUCGCGUGGUUCGCUGCGGCGGCAGCCAGCUGAACUUUCGGAGAGCGGUGUUCUCCGCGGAUUCCAAGUACAUUUUCUGUGUGUCCGGAGAUUUUAUUAAGGUUUAUAGUACAGCUACAGAAGAGUGUUUGCACGUACUGCAGGGCCACAGAGAUCUCGUCACUGGAAUACAUCUCAACCCCCAUAAUCAUCUACAGUUGUAUUCUUGUUCCUUCGAUGGCACAAUUAAACUGUGGGACUAUGAAGAUGGCAUUUUGAUAAAGACUUUCAUAGUUGGACAGAGCUUUCACACUCUCUUUGCUCUUGCCCAAGUGGAGGAUUCUGUUUUUGUUACAGUAAAUAAUGAAAACCCAGAUCUUUUUCAGCUGGUUUCAGUGAAAUUGCCAAAAUCAGCCAGUCAGGAGAUUGAAGCUAAGGAGGUCUCUAUUGUUCUGGAUUACAUUAACCAGUCGCCGAAGUGCAUUGCCUUUGGAAAUGAGGGAGAAUAUGUUGCUGCAGUACGGGACUUCUACUUAUCUGUUUAUUUUUUCAAAAGGAAAAAAACAACAAGGUUUACUUUAUCUUCAUCAAAAAAUAAGAAGCAUUCUAAAAAUAAUUUUACAUGUGUGGUCUGUCACCCAAAGGAAGACUGCAUAGCAACUGGUCACAAGGAUGGCAAAAUUCGCCUUUGGAGGAAUUUUGAUGAUGAUAAGAACUACACUUAUACAACCUUACAUUGGCACCACGAUAUAGUUAUGGAUUUGGCUUUUUCAGUAACAGGCAGCAGCCUGCUGAGCGGUGGCCGCGAGUCAGUCCUGGUAGAGUGGCGUGACAUGACAGAGAAGAACAAAGAGUUCCUGCCCCGUCUAGGGGCUACUAUUGAGCACAUCUCGGUCUCCCCGGCAGGAGAUAUGUUCUGUACUUCUCACUCUGAUAAUAAGAUUAUAAUCAUUCAUCGGAAUCUUGAGGCCUCAGCAGUGAUUCAGGGUCUAGUGAAAGAUAGCAGAAUCUUAACUGGUUUGACAAUCGAUCCAAGAACCAAAGCUUUGGUUUUAAAUGGAAAACCUGGCCACUUGCAGUUUUAUUCUCUCCAAAAUGAUAAGCAGUUAUACAAUUUAGACAUUAUACAGCAAGAAUAUAUCAAUGAUUAUGGUCUAAUUCAAAUUGAGCUAACGAAGGCUGCAUUUGGCUGUUACGGUAGUUGGCUUGCAACAGUGGAACAACGCCAAGAAAAAGAAUCUGAGCUUGAAUUGCAAAUGAAACUCUGGACCUAUAACAAGAAAACACAAGGGUUUGUUCUUAAUACAAAGGUUAACAUGCCCCAUGAAGACCACAUUACUGCUCUCUGUUUCUGUAAUGCAGAAAAAUUGGAAAUUCCCACCCUGGUUACAGCAAGUAAAGAUGGUAACUUCAAAGUGUGGAUAUUGACUGAUGAUUCUGAUAUAUACAAAAAUGCUGUUGGCUGGACCUGUGACUUUGUGGGGAGUUAUCACAAAUACCAAGCAACUCACUGCUGUUUCUCAGAAGAUGACUCUCUACUAGCUGUUAGUUUUGAAGAAAUAGUUACAAUAUGGGAUUCAGAGACAUGGGAGCUUAAAUGUACAUUUUGUCAACGAGCUGGGAUGAUAAGGCAUCUCUGCUUUGGGAGGCUGACUUGUUCAAAAUAUCUUCUUGGUACUACUGAAAAUGGAAUUCUCUGCUGUUGGAAUCUGCUCAGUUGUGCAUUGGAGUGGAGUGCAAAACUAAAUGUUAGCGUUAUGGAGCCUGAUCCUAAUUCCGAAAAUAUUGUAGCGAUCUCUAAAUCCUCAAUGGGUUCAGACUUGUUCGUAUUUAAACCUAGUGAACCAAGGCCAUUAUAUAUUCAGAAGAAUCUCUCUAGCGAGGAAAUCCUGUGGGGAGUGUUUGUUCCACGAGAUGUUCCUGAGUCUUUCACCUCAGAGGCUUACCAGUGGCUGAACAGAUCACAAUUUUACUUCCUAACAAAAUCACAGAGUCUGUUGACAUUCAGUACAAAGUCUCCAGAAGAGAAACUCACACCAACUAGCAAACAGUUACUAGCAGAAGAAAGUCUUCCGACCACUCCAUUCUAUUUCAUACUGGGCAAGCACAGGCAGCAGCAGGAGGAGAAAUUAAAUAAAACUUUGGAGAAUGAACUCGUGCAGCUGCCUGUAACUGAAAAUAUACCUGCAAUCAAUGAGCUUCUUCACACCCCUGCUCACGUGCUGCCAUCAGCGUCUUUCCUGUGUUCCAUGUUUGUAAAUUCAUUGCUGCUGUCUGAGGAACCUAAGAGUGUUGAAGAAUCGUCUGGUGAUGUAGACAUGGAGGAAGAAAAAGAAAGUGAUGAUUCUGAUGAAGAAAAUUAUCAUAUGGAAAAAGUUCAGGACACAGAAAACACGGAUUUGGGAGAAGACAUACAUCAGUUGUCAAAAUCUGAAGAAAAGGAACUGAGAAAAUUCAGGAAAGUUGACUACAGCUGGAUAGCUGCUCUUUAAGUCUGGGAGAUGGGAAAGGGUUUAUGCUUUUUUACUUUGUAUAUUGAUGCUCUAGAAAUAUCUAUUUUAAAAUUAUUUCUGUUCUGAAUAUAUUAAAAGAUUUACUUUUCAUAAA